UUACCCUGCGUGAGCCAGGCGGACAAACAACAAAAGACAGCAAAAGAGCUCCGAAAAUCUUUGUAGAAAGUCACGAAACAAAAAAAAAAAUUAAAUGUGUGGCAAUAGUUUUAUUUUAUUCGAUUGAAAUCCCAGAAAACACACAAAAUUCCAAUUAAAAAAGUGUGUCGAUAAUAGUCUACGCCCUCGCCAAACCCGACGGGAACAGCAAAAGACUGAUUUGGGGCCGAGUAAUCCUCCGAGAUCGUGCGUGACUGUUGCUAUUGCUGCCAAAGCAAAAAAAAAUAGUUGACAAAUGGCCGGGUCUGCGCUCAGAAGGCUUAUGGCGGAAUACAAACAGUUGACUCUGGACCCGCCAGAGGGCAUAGUGGCUGGACCUGUAAGUGAGGACAACUUUUUCGAAUGGGAAGCGCUGAUAGCCGGGCCAGAGGGAACAUGUUUUGAAGGUGGCGUUUUUCCAGCUCGUCUCAUAUUCCCGCCUGACUAUCCGCUGAGCCCACCGAAAAUGAAAUUUACCUGUGACAUGUUUCACCCCAAUAUUUUUGCUGACGGACGAGUUUGCAUAUCAAUAUUGCAUGCGCCUGGCGAUGAUCCCAUGGGCUACGAAUUAUCUGCUGAGCGUUGGAGUCCUGUGCAAAGCGUGGAAAAGAUUCUGCUUAGUGUAGUUUCAAUGUUGGCUGAGCCAAAUGCCGAAUCGGGAGCUAACGUUGAUGCGGCAAUUAUGUGGCGUGAACGACGCGAAGAAUUCAAUGAUAUCGCCAAACGUUUAGUGCGUAAAACACUCGGCAUACCAUCAUAAAACGGCCACCACCAUUAAAAAACAAAAAAACGCAUUAAUGACGACCUUGAAGAUACUGUACACACUAUUUACUACUUCGAUAAGAAACCAAUCAUCAGCCAGCACAAUUCAAAUGAAGUAGUGUUAUUUAUAGUGGUUCGGCAUCAAUAAACAUACACACGCAACAAAACAA